CAAUGCAAGGCCGGUAUGAAACUUAAAAAAAUUUAUGAUGAUGCAAAAGAGACAGUUAUAUCAGUGCGUAUUGAUCUGUUGCACUUGGAUCAUAAUCAUGAAUUUUUUAAAAAGGAUACCGAAAAGAAUCAAUUACAAUGCAACAAGACGCAUGAUCCUGAAUACAUGGAGUUCAUAAGUUCAAUGCAAGAGAGUCGAAUCCCGCAACAUUGUAUUAUGGAUUAUGUAUCAGAAAUGCACGGUGGUCCUGAGAGUGUGCCUGUAACAGCACAGGACAUGUAUAACCUGAAAAAGGCAAAGCAACGAGAAAGAAAUGCAAAUGAUGUGGCAAAGCUACUAUCCUUUUUUGCAUCCUGCAAAAAGGAUAAUCCACAAUUUUUCUCUGACUUCCAAUUGGAUAAAGAAGGCAAGAUUUUAAGCAUAUUUUGGUCACAUGCAAGCCAGCAAGGGGAUUACAUUGAUUUUGGUGAUGCGGUUACAUUUGACACAACACAUAAGACUAAUCUGUAUGAAAAACCACUAGGUAUGUUUGUUGGUUCAAAUCACCACCUACAUUGCACUAUAUUUGCUUUCGCAUUGUUGGGGGAUGAAACUGUUGAUACAUUUGAAUGGGUAUUCAACGCCUUCAAAACAUGCAUGGGAACCGAAGGGCCACGAGUGAUGCUGACAGAUCAAGAUCCUGCAAUGCCAGUAGCCCUCGAGAGGGUUUUCCCACACACAAUACAUCGUUUAUGUCUAUGGCAUGUGCAAAAUAGUACUCUGGAUAAGCUGUAUGGAAUACGUAAGGAUUGGGGUCAAAAGGAAACGAACACGCUAUACAUGUUUGAGAUAAGGGUUGCAAGAGCAUACACAAGGGCUGUGAUGUGUAGAUUCCAGGAAUCUUUGAAAUAUGCAACCGCAUUCAAGAUAAUGCACGACGAAGAAGGGGGUGCAAAUGAUUGGGUAGUGCAACAUACAACUAGAUCGAAUAAAAUUGUUUGGGGACAGCACCAAUUCAAAGUCACAGCUGAUGAAGAUGCAGGAAAGUAUACUUGUGAAUGCAAACAUUGGGAACAUACAGGGCUAUUCUGUGUACAUGUACUACGCGCGUUUAUGCAUCUUCAGAUUGACCGGAUACCGAAAGAAUAUAUUUUACAAAGAUACACCACCUCUGCAAGGCAAGAUGUUCCGUUUUCAAGAGAUGAUAGGAAUUUGAAGGGGAAGGAUGGAGAAACUAAGUCAUAUAGACAGAAGAUGUUGCUUAAAAAGGCAAUGAAAGUAGUGCAUCAUGCUAGUUUAUCCAAAGCAGGAAAUGAUAGAGCCCUAACAGUAAUGGAUGAGCUUCUCGAAGUACUUUCGCGUUUGGAAACAGAUAUAGACGUUGAGGAAACUUGUGGAACUAGUGGAGGAGAUGGUAUACAGGACGAUGAUGAAGCCAAUAGAGACAACGAAAAGGAUGAUGAAUUUGACGAAAGGAAUAACAAGGAAAUUCAAGACGUAUCUAUUAUACUUGAACAAGGUGUGGCCAAUGAUCAAAUACAUAUACCAGUACGUCCAUUAGAAGAGGUUAAUUUGCAUGAUCACGCAAUAAUGAAUGUUAGUGGUGUCAGUGAACAAAAUGAUAAUGCCAGAAAGAAACUGGAAUUUGCAGUCGAUGGGAUAAGCUUGGCAAGACCAAUAACUCAAGACCCAAAGGAAGAACAAUAA